CUCGACUUCGACUUGAACUAUUCCAUGUCAAAAAGAAAGGCCUCAGAACUACACGAUGAACCUGAAAUAUCUCGUGGGACUAAAUCGCGACACUUGGAAGAUACCAACUCUAUCUCAUACCCGGAUCUCACUCUUUCUCAUGCUAAACCACCGACACCGUUCCAGAAGCCCAUGCCAAUCAUUUCAUUCUCGUAUACGCCAUCUCGGACUUUAGAGUUCAAUGACUUGGCCCUGCGAUACUUUGUUGAUCCGCCCAUUGGUGCUCAAUUGUCUUAUGGAUAUGAGAAUUGGAUACGACGCCCGGAAGAGAAAGGCCGCAUUGACGGCCUCUUGAAAGCCUUUAGCCGGGUGAAGAGCCAGGGGAAAGUCCCCCUGGACGACGUAGCCGUCAUUUCGUGGCGCGGGGUAAUGACCAGGAUUCUAACGGCUCCUUACGAGGAUCGCGAUAGCUGGGAAUUAAAUGUCAUGUAUAUCAAUGGCACCAUGUAUUUCGAAGAGCAUAUAUCCAAUCAGAAGCUCAGUGAAAAGGAAAAUAUGGAACCCCGACAUCGAAAGCAGUCUUAUUUUGGCUAUGCCUUUGAGUCAUACGGAACAUCGGCGACCCCUCGUAGGCUUCCCCCGAAACCAGGUUCUAAAGAUCCGCCAGGGUGGGGAGGAGUCGUGGAUACCAACGUGCAAUGGUGUAGCGUCGUGCGGACCAAGCUUGGCAAUAGUCGACUCAUUAUUGGAGGCGAGGUUGAUUGCGUUCGAGACAGAUACAACGGAACAACCGACUCAUUCGUAGAACUCAAGACUUCUUUAGCGAUACGCGGUCCCCAUGAUGAAGCAAAAUUCGAAAAGAAAUUACUCAAGUUUUAUUUCCAAUCAUUUCUCCUCGGGGUACCGGAGAUCGCUGUCGGAUUUCGAACACCGUCUGGAGAGGUGACCACUCUUCAGUCCUUCGACACGACAAAAAUACCCCGUCUAGUACGAGGAAAGCCAGGUUCCUGGGAACCAUCAAUAUGUUUGAAUUGGGGCGAGGAGAUAUUAACGUUUCUUAAGAAGAUUCUCCAAGAAAAUGUUGCCGAAAAAGCGUCCGUAUGGCGAGUGAAGUUUGUGCCGAAAGAGGGUGUGACGAUUAUGAAGCUGACUGAUAACCUCGUGGACGAGGUUGUGAACGGGGAGGAAAGGGUGGGCUUUCUGCCCAAAUGGUAUUGGGAGGAAAUGCAGACCGUAACGACCGUAGCGCAGUCAAGCUCCGGCUCCGUCGCAGGAUGGCAAAUAUGAAUAAAAAGGAGUUUCCAAGGGAAAACCUUUUCGGCUGUACUUCAG